AACAUAAAAUCCACAUAAUUUUCAUCUGACCCUAGGCUAGCUGUAGAUGGAGGUUUUAAGUCACGAGUCCAUUUGACGUUGAGGUCCAAAAAGAAUAGUCUUAAUGAUGUCAUCCAUAAUCCAUCCCUGUAAUUACUUCAAAAUAUACUAUACCCUGCAACCAACGGAAGAAGUCCGACUCGUCCUACGAGUUGUCUACGAAGUAAGACACGGAACACAAGAAGGACACGGGUUCAUCAGCUCAUAUUAUGCAGACAAUAGCCUACGUACGUACGUACGGACUGAUUAACCAGAUGAAUGCGUACGUACGGUGGGCCGUACUUUGUUUCUCGUGAUUUAUACGGACCUAAUACGUACAUAGAGGGAUCUAAGGAAGUGUUGAAUCCAAGAGUCAAUUCUUGGAUGCGCUGCGGGAUUAAGGAAGGCAUUACCAAGUUGCGCAAUCAACACGUUGCACCACCAACGAAAAUAGUCACACACGUACGGUCCCUAUACCAACAAGUGCCGCAUCACUCCCCGUGACCAGACUCGACGUCUUCCAAGAUGUCCUCCUGCGCUGACUUUGUGGAUGGAGACCUUCUGGUCAUCAAGACGAUUUUCUUCUUCUUUUUCUCUGGAAUGGCGUGUAUUCACCCUUACAUAGCCGUCUACAUGCGACACCAGGGCCUGCUGCCGUCCCAGAUAGGUGUGAUCAAGUCUGCCGGAAACUUCAUGUCAGUUAUCAUCAAGCCACUCCUCGGCAGCAUUGCAGAUAAGACUGGGAGGCCCAAAAUGGUGGCUAUCUUGACCGUAGUGACAGCUUCUAUUCUGUACUUCUCGAUGGUGUUCAUCCCGCCCGUACCGUCUUCAACGGCUCCAACUCAAGCGACGAGGCAGCAGAGACACCUAGCGGAAGCUGAGAUAAGUGGCACCGACUACACGCAGUCUCGGUCCUCCCUAACCUUCUGGCUAUUCUUCUGGAUUAUCUUCUUCUCUCACGGUGUGCACUGGAGCGCAGUUUCACAGCUGGAGGCAGCAACGUAUCAAAUCAUGAAGAAAAAUGGAGGAGGCGAAUUCGGACGACAGCGGGCCUUGGGAUCUGUUGGAUUCGCGCUUUUCGCUGUCCUGUCUGGCGUUGCCAUGGAUACGUUCCCAUCAGAGUCCCAGUACCCUGGGAACGGGACGGGUGCAGCUACAGACAACCCUGACAACAAAAAUGGCUAUUCCGUUGGCUUCUACAUGUUUUUGACCUUCAUGGUGUUAACUGUAACAUUCUUGCUGUUGUUGAAAGACUGGAGCACCGAGUCUUGCACAGGAUUCCUGAAGAGUAUGGGAAGACUGCUCUCUCAAGUGCAUCUCCUCAUCGUCCUUUUUGUAGUUCUUGUGCUGGGUGCUUGCGACGGUGCAAGCGAUACUUACCUGUUUCUCCAUCUGAAAAACCUGGGUGCCAGUCAAACCGUUCUCGGUACCUAUCUGAUGGUGAAAAACGCAGCGGAGAUUCCGUUCUACAUCGUCGCUUGCUGGGUUAUAAGGAAGCUCGGACACGUGGCGACGAUAGGAAGCUCCUUCCUAAUUUUUAGUCUCAGGUUUCUUCUUUACUCCUUUGUGAGCAAUCCGUGGUGGGUCGUGGUAGAAAGCACGCUGAACGGCUACCACGCCGUCACGUGGGCAGCGGCGACGUCAUACGCCAGUAUCUCCGCCCUGGAUGACUUGCAGGCGUUCGCUCAAGGGGUUGUGGCCACCACCUUCUACGGACUCGGCCACAGCUUGGGGAACGUUGUCGGCGGCCCGAUUUUCCAAGGAUAUGGCGCCUUGGUGUUCUUCCGAUCCUUCGCCGUGUCCUGCCUGAUCGGAUUCCUCCUGUUCUGCGUGCUCUACAUGUAUUUUGCGAGAAAACAGAACCCGACAGGUGAGAAAAUUCUGUCUGUUUUUUUCUAAAUCAGGUUCGCGUAG